UUUUUUCAUACUUUGCUUUAAGGUUUCUGCUAUUUCUGACACUACGCGAACGCAGCAUUUACCCUGGAAAGGCUCUUGGCGCAUGCGCGUGUCGCCGAUUCGAAGCGGCUGCUGGUUGGAGUGCUGGCUGUGUCUGAGCCGCUCCUGUCACUCCCAGCUAAAGCUUCUUGAAUGAAUUGUGCCGACUCUAGCUUCUCCUUCUUAGCUCACUACCAGUCGCGGAAUUAAGCUGACUGAAUGUUCUUCCUGUGAUUCAACUAGGAAACCGGACCUUCUUCCUGGCUAACAAACCUGCACAUUACUGCCUGGAGUGUGUGGGAAGCACCAUGUGGAGGAAGGCUUCGGCAGUGCUCCUGCUGGCUUUGGCAGUCGGCUACUUCUACGGCGGCAGGCCGGAGCUGCCGGAGCAGAUCCUCCAGUACAUCGGCCUGCCCAACCUCCAGACGCCCUCACAGAGCAACCAGGGCCUGGAGGGGGCCAUCUCUGCCGCCUGGGAGGCUCUGAUCGCUUUGCCAAGCAGACAGUGGACCAAGGUGGCAGUAGGGGUGAACGCCUGCGUCGACGUGGUCGUCAGCGGCGUGGGGCUGCUGCAGGCGCUGGCUGUGGAUCCCGGCGCCGGCCGGGAUCACGAAGUCCUGCACUCGAAGGACGACCUAAGGGAAACCUUCAUCCACUACAUGGAGCGCGGAGCAGCGGCAGAGCGAUUCUUCAGCGACAAGGAAGUGUUUCAGAGAAUCGCUCGCUCAGCAGCAGAGUACCCCGGCGCGAAGCUGUACGUUGGAGGAAAUGCUGCCCUCAUCGGUCAGAAAUUCGCCACCUACCCAGAUCUGAUGGUUUUGUUGUGUGGGCCGGUCGGCCCUAAACUCCACGAGAUGCUGGACGAGCAGAUCGUCGUUCCUCCAGAGUCCCUUCAGGAGACGGAUGAGUUUCAUCUCAUCCUGGAGUACAAAGCAGGUGAACAGUGGGGCUCAACUCGGGCGCCACAAGCGAACCGCUUCAUCUUCUCUCACGACGUGUCCAAUGGGGAGAUGAGCUCCCUGGAGACCUUCGUGGCGAGCCUGGAGGAGUUCCAGCCGGAGCUGGUCGUCCUAUCAGGGUUCCACAUGAUGGAGGGCCAUGGCAGGGAGCUGUGGGGGGAGCGACUGAAAGAGGCCGUAGCAGCCAUAGCUGACAUCCCAAAGGGCAUUCCCAUCCACCUGGAGCUGGCCAGCAUGACCGACAAAAGCUUCAUGACCCGGAUCAUGCAGGAGCAGGUCUUGCCCAUCGUCCGCUCCAUCGGCCUGAACGAACAGGAGCUGCUCUUCCUGUCGCAGGCCGGGGACGGCCCGCACGCCGCUCUGCCCGCGUGGAAGGGCGUCCCCGACGUGGGGCGGGUCGGCGACAUCCUCUCCUGGGUCCUGGAGCGGCACGGCCGCACAGAUCCGUCGUCGGAGUCCGACCUCACCCGUAUCCACUUCCACACUCUGGCCUAUCACAUUUUAGCCACAGUGGACGGCUACUGGGGGAACCAGGCGGCGGCGGUGAUGGCGGGAGCCCGGGUGGCCAGCAGCCAGGCCUGUGGCCUGCGAACCGUGGACGUCAGCAAGGUGGAGCUCAAGGCGCCGCUGGAGUUCCUCACCUCUCACUUUGAGCCGCGGGAGCGGCUGUCGCUGAAGCCGGAGGAGCCAGUCGCUGUGUGGCGGCGAGGGAAUGUCACCUUCCACCUGACGCCUGUGCUGGUCUGCAAGAGACCCCUCCGGACAGUGGGGCUGGGGGACGCCAUCUCUGCGGAGGGACUAGUUUACUCCGAAUUAACGAGGCAGCAUCCGUUUUAGAGGCUCGACCACGCUAAUGCUAACGGGAGGAGCUGAACACAACCAGGAAACUCUCACCUCUGAGCCAGAUUAGUUUCCCAAUUCAUGUUCCUUUUGCCCCAAAGAUCUGUUCUGUUUAAUUGAUCAGUGUGAAAUCCUGCCUGAUGAUGAUGAUGAUGAUGAUGAUGAUGAUGUCCCCCGACCUCCUUAAAGAGGCAGGCAGAACUGAAUCUUGAUGAGCCGCCACGCAGCCGGACUCGACGCACUGCACCGCUCCAAGCCAUCUGCCCAAACUCCAAAGAGUUUAACCGUCACAGCUAUGUUUUCUUUAACCUGCAUAUCUUUCAGUAUGCUGUGCCUUCAAUAUUAUUAAAUCCUUUAUUCAUAUUUUAUAGGAAAACGGUAUGAAACUUUAGAUUAGCGUCGUCCUUUGACAGAGGUAUACUGCAUAAACUUGAAAUUUUGUGAUUUAAAUCCAAUUGAGAAAUCCUUUUGGGUGCGUUCACAUCUAACGUUGUAUGUUCGUCUUAUUCUGGUCAUCAACCAUUUCUGAGUGCUUUGCUUCAACCGGUCUGACCAACCAGAUCGUUUUUCUAAUGGUGAGAUUAUAACGGGGUUCCUUUACGGUCUGGAAAAUUUUGAAAACGUAUAAAAUUAGCUUAUUUUCCAGGUGUAGAUGAUAAGGGAACAUUUUCGCAUCCAUACUUUAUUCAUUGUUUUCUUACAGCUAAAGUAUGCAACUUUUAUUUAAAAAAAAAAAAAUGUAAGUUUUUUACGCAUUUAAGACUGUCACUAUGUGGUGAUGCUGCACUAUGAGAUGGAUAAUCUGUGGACAAAAUUGAUCUCCUGCCUGAGCUUUUAUUGUGAUCUGUAGGAAGGCACGACUCCCAUUCAAAAACAACCAAUCAGAGCCAGAAGGAGGGUCUUGGCGCUGUUAAUCAAGCCAAUGUUUGCUGAAUAUUCACUAAAUGGUGUAGAAACCACUUAUCUGCUGUCAUAGCAGGCUGCUAACCAAUGCUAACCAGCACAAGCAUUCAUAAAAGGCUAGCUGGAGGAUGAUUGACAUCACUAAGACCUGCCUCCUGGUUCUGAUUGGUUGUUUCUGGUUAGCACUGGAAGGAGGCAAAGGAGCUUGACGGUUUAAACAAAUGUGUAAAAAAAUAUAUGUGUAUUUUUUUUUUCAUUAAAGUUCCAUACUGUAGCUUUUAACUAGAUAAAGAAAAAAAAAGAAAAAAGAUGGGCAUCAAAUACUUUUUAAAAAUUUGUGUUAAGUUUAGGAUUUUACAGUCUAGAUCUUACGGAUUUUGAAAUAUUUCAAAGUGGUGAAAUAACCCUUUACUUCUUUAUCAUCGUGUUCAGCAUUGUGGUGUCAUGCUUUUAUUUAACAUGCAGAUUACAGCAUCCAACUAACUAAAUGUUCAGAAUCUGAUACAAUUUGUGGGCAAAUCUUAAGAAUCAUGUGGAGUUUCGAACUGGAAAACUGGUAGGAAUCCCGUUUUUUUCUGUGUUUUUAUUGUUUGACCAAAACACUCCCUCUAUAGCAAAAAGAUCUGAUCUUUAUACCUUUUUUUUUUUUUUUUUUUU